AUGGAUGCAAGUUAGGGUUCGAUGGACUGAGGGCUACAGCAGGUGGUCAUUUGCCGUCUGCAUUAAGUAACCUAGGCCUUUUGGCAAAACGUCUCAGAAAGACGUUAUAGGGAGAAUUCAUGUAUAACCAAAAUCUGUUAAACUAACACCAACGCCUCGUUUCUUUGCGAAUUCUGUUUCGUAUUUCCUCCACCCACGCACUGGCACUGUUGAUCCAGCCCUUGUGAUGUGAUUUUGGGACAAUAUCGUCUGGCAAUAUGUAGAAUGAUACUCACUGAAAGGGGCAGGGCGGAGAAACGCUACGUGUCUUCAGGAACUCUUAAAAACCCCGACCCCUUUAGGCUCCUCACAUCGGCUCCGCAACUCUCCCCGCCCAGAGCGAUUUGCCCCGUCCCGGCCCAGGAGACAAGCGUCCAGAGUCCACUGCUCACUCGAGCGAAAUCACGAUGUCCGGAAACAAAAUGCAGUGCACGAAUCUACAAAGGUCCACAAACGUGGUGUAUCAGGCCCACCAUGUGAGCCGCAGCAAGAGGGGACAGGUGGUGGGAACCAGAGGAGGAUUCAGGGGCUGCACGGUCUGGCUGACAGGUCUGUCUGGUGCUGGUAAAACCACUGUUGGCUUUGCCCUAGAGGAGUACCUGGUGUCCCACAGCAUCCCGUGUUAUUCCCUGGAUGGAGACAACGUUCGUCAUGGGAUGAACAAGAACUUGGGCUUCAGUGCCGUGGACCGCGAGGAGAACAUCCGUCGCAUUGCUGAGGUGGCCAAGCUGUUUGCUGAUGCAGGACUGGUCUGCAUCACCAGCUUCAUCUCACCAUUUACUAAGGACCGUGAUGAGGCACGUAGCAUUCAUGACAAGGCGGGCCUUCCUUUCUUUGAAGUGUUUGUCAACGCACCUCUGGAAGUGUGUGAGAGUCGUGAUGUCAAAGGACUCUACAAAAAGGCACGUGCUGGAGAAAUUAAAGGUUUUACCGGCAUUGAUUCUGACUAUGAACGUCCAGAUGCCCCUGACCUAGUUCUAAAAACAGGGGAGCUCACAGUGAAUGAGUGCAUACAACAAGUGGUGGACCUCUUGAAAGAGCAAAGUAUCGUUCCGAGUGGGGUCGUGGGGGAGGUAAACGAACUCUUUGUACCAGAGAACAUGCUGGAGACGGCCAAGGCUAAUGCUAGUGCACUGCCCACUAUCACCAUCAACAAGCUGGACCUCCAGUGGGUGCAGGUGCUGUCGGAGGGUUGGGCCAGCCCCCUGAAGGGUUUCAUGAGGGAGAGAGAAUACCUGCAGGUUCUUCACUUCAAUAACCUGCUAGAUGGUGGAGUGAUUAACUUGUCCAUUCCCAUUGUACUGCCCGUAUCCACGGAGACAAAAGAGCAGCUGAAUGGAUCUGCCGCCGUGGCGUUAGAGUUCCAGGGGGUCAGGGUGGCGAUCCUGCGCAACCCAGAGUUCUACGAGCACCGCAAGGAGGAACGCUGUGCCAGACAGUGGGGAACGACCUGCCCCAAACACCCUUACAUAAAGAUGGUGUUGGAGAGCGGAGAUUGGCUGGUCGGUGGUGACCUUGAGGUGCUGGAGAGAAUUAGAUGGGACGAUGGCCUGGACCAGUACCGACUCACUCCUAAGGAACUGAAGCAGAGGUUCAAAGAGAUGAAAGCAGAUGCGGUCUUUGCAUUCCAACUGCGGAACCCGGUGCACAACGGCCACGCCCUGCUGAUGCAGGACACGCGACGCCGCCUCGAGGACCGCGGCUACCGGCGCCCCGUGCUCCUCCUGCAUCCGCUGGGCGGCUGGACCAAAGAUGACGACGUGCCGCUUCCGUGGCGCAUGAAGCAGCACGCUGCCGUGCUGGAGGAGGGCGUGCUCAACCCCGCCUCAACCAUCGUGGCCAUCUUCCCCUCGCCCAUGAUGUAUGCAGGCCCCACUGAGGUGCAGUGGCACUGUCGUGCAAGGAUGGUGGCAGGGGCCAACUUCUACAUUGUGGGGAGAGACCCAGCAGGAAUGCCCCAUCCCGAGUCAGGGCAGGACAUGUACGAGCCCACGCACGGGGGCAAGGUCCUCUCCAUGGCCCCGGGGCUCACGUCAGUGGAGAUCAUCCCAUUCAGAGUGGCAGCUUAUAACAAGACCAAAAAAGCCAUGGAUUUCUAUGACAAAGAGAGACAUGCUGAAUUUGAGUUCAUCUCUGGAACACGAAUGAGGAAACUGGCUCGGAGCGGAGAGAAUCCCCCUGAUGGCUUCAUGGCCCCUAAAGCCUGGAAGAUCCUGACCGAGUACUAUGGAUCCAUACAAAAAGACCAGUAGAUCCUGACCGAGUACUAUGGAUCCAUACAAAAAGACCAGUAGAUCCUGACCGAGUACUAUGGAUCCAUACAAAAAGACCAGUAGCUGCAGGACACAGCACAACCAGGCAAAUUGAGACGACUACAGCUCAAUCAAAAUGCCAGUAUCAGUUUACUACUGUAGUUGAACUACCCAAAUACAGGUGUCCACAGACAGAUGGGAAUCCUCAUGAGUAGAGACUACACACACACACCUCAUCACAUACGGCACAGCAAAUAUAAACAGUAUCAUUCAUAACAUGCCUAGACCAUGAAUACAUAUUAUAUCUUACAUAGUAUGUCAAAGUUUACAACUCUGUGGAAGAGACAGCGAUAGACAUCGUCAUGAAGUUCUCGCACAUCUCAUAGGGCUUACCAAAGUUUUCCUGGUGUCAAAAAGAGGUCAAAUCUGUGUCUGUGUCAAGAUCAUUCCAUUUUUUCUGUGUACCUGUAAAUCUGUUGAAACUUUAUAUGCACAGGGGAACAUUUAAAUCACAUUCAAUGUAAAGAUUUUUAAAUCAGUUAAUCCGUCUACACUGUAAGGGUUCAUUCAGUGACUUUUAGACUGUGAAUUAUCUUAAUAUUUCCAGAUGAUUAUCUAAAUAGACCAGGACAUUUUUAAAUGCCAGAAAAGAUUAUUACAAUCAUUUACUUUGUAUACUCUUGUUGAUAUUUAUCUUUUAUAAUUAGAAUAGUUAGAAAUAGUUUAUGGGAUUUGGAGAGGGAUCUUUACAUUAUGUUGAACAUGUACAUACUUCCAUAAGGAAAUUAAAUUGUCCAUUUGUUUCAUGACUAAGAUAUAUUCGAACUGCACCCAUCACGAACCUGGAUAGAAUACCUGAAUUUAGCAGUUCUCAUCUAGAAACAUUUUAAAUAUUACAACUGGGAUAGAUCUAAUGGUUUUGUUAAAGGCAUCCUCAGCCAUUUGUAUUUAUUGUCUACCUUCUGGACCAACUGAGUAAGAUGAUUAAACUGGAAUCAAUGGAA